AGUAUAAUUUUCCAUUUUAUAAAGAUUAUUUUGCAUUUAUUUUAUAAUUAUGAUUUAAUUUAAUUUUCUGAUACAAGUGCACUACUAACACCAUUAGUUACUUUGUUUUAGCUUUAUUUCGUCUAAUACUUUGGAACACUGCUAUACUAAUCAAUUAAGACACUAGAUCUAUUUAAUAGACAACUACAAAUCACAUAUUUCGCACUAAUUUAUUGUUGCUAUAGAUUAGCAGCUGCUAAACAAAAAAAUCGGCGUAACGGUAUUUAAAUUAUACUGUUAAAUUAGUGUACUAAGUAAACUGUCAUUCGUUGAGACAAUUUUUAUUUUUAAAUUGUUAAUUAAUUUACAAAGUUGGUCCAUAAGUUACGUUUAGAGGACCGGAAGGAACUCGAAUGUAUACGCCAACACUCGGCCCUCAGCUUGAAAAUUUCUAGUGAGAUGCUUCACAUUGCUCCGACAACAACAACAAUCAAAUAAACUCGGGUUUUACAAAGAAUCAGAUGCAAGCUCUAAGGAACUCUUUGGUGCCAGUUUAAUGACAUUACAACAACAACAGCUGCAUUCAAGGAGAACAAAUUCAAGCAGCAGGACACUACUCACUACAAUUCUCAAUUCAUUACUAUUACACUACGCUUGUGUACCAGUUAUUUGUUGCUUUUUGGUUUACAAAUAUUGGCAGCUCACUUUCGAAUACUUUCUUUACGUCGUUAUAAAAUUUGUAAAUAUCAAAAUACCGUUUAUUUAUUUAUUUAUUUUUUCAUUUUGAAAUAAAGACGUUAAAUCAAUCAAAAACAUAUUUUUUAUAUAAAUAGUAUAUCCAUGAAUAGUAUCAAAUAUUUAAAAUGCCAGUUAGUGACUUUACGUACACACCAAUUCCUGAAGAGAGGCGAGUAGAUGACGAUUACGUGAAUGAAACCGUUGAAAUACCGAAAUGGGCACAAUAUGCCGUUAGUGAUUUUGGCACAAAGGAGGUGGCGUAUGAGGAUCGUGAAAAUUGGGGUGUGAUAUUGAAAACUUUCGGAAUUGCCAUGGCCAUGCUAAUAAUAAUUAUAGUGGUACUGUUGAUCGGGCUGUUCUAUUUGUGUUUGCGCUGCAGAGGCUAUCUAAAUCCCAUCAAAGAUUAUGCUGAGCGACGUAAUCAACGUUGUGUGCGCUGCAUAUUAACGAUUUUGAUGCUCAUUUUAUUAGCGGGAAUUCUUUAUUUUGUGAUAAUGGCUAUAAAAAACACCAAUUCCAAAAGACACAUUCAAGAGCAGCAGAAGAAUUCAACAAAAGGCUAUCGAGGAUUAGAUCAUGUUUUUGGUUUAAAUUAUAAUGAGUUCCAACUGCAAGCGCGUGGCACAGCUGAUGAUUUAGUCCGCAAUUGGACUGCCACAAGGGGUGCUGUAAGCGAUGCACCGAAAAAUCUAUGUCCGCCUAAAGAGGAUAUAACGGAGGUGAACAAGCGCGUGGAAGAUAUAAAUAACGAAUUUGAAGUAUUAUGUUUAGGCGUCUUGGAGUGGAGCGAGUAUAUGCGAUUUUUCUAUCGAAACAUGACGACGUGUAUCACUCAAACCGAUCCUGGUCGCAAAUUACUAAAAACAUUAGAUUUUCGGCACUUUCUUGUGAAAACGAUGCAAGUGGAAAAGCUCCUGGAUUUCUAUCGAGUCUUCAGUAUUGUGGACAAAUUCUUUUACUCCUUUUCAAAGCUUUACAAUUCGACCAUGGAUUGGCCAGUGAAUUUGGAAAGUAAAACGAAAAAUGCAUUAUCACCGUAUUUUCAAGAAAUAACAAAGAAUUUGGGCGAUAAAGGUAACCAAUUUCGGUCGGUCUCAACACAAUUUGACAACGAACAACUGGGAGACAAAGAUAUGCAUGGUGCCAACGAAAACAAGAAUGAUGAUAAGCAUAAGUCAAAAGAACCGCUAUGCAUUUUUAUAUUGGAUAUUAUAUGCUAUACACUACUUCUAUUGAUAACUGCGAUAUUAUUAAUUGCUUUACUGCGAAGAUGUUGCGGAAAGCGUUAUAGAAGUGAAGCUAGAUGCUGCAAUCAAGAAAAUGGCUCUUGUCUUUUCCAACUAGCUGCUUUUUUGAUGUUCCUAUUUCUUCUACUCGUUUUGUAUCCAUUUCUGUGGCACUUUGUGCAUGGUGCGGGGCGUUAUAACAGUGAAUGUACAAGAGACGACACAAAUAAAAAUGAACGCUCCAUUGAAUUUAAUGAAGAAGAUCAAUGUGUAGAUGAGCAAACCUUUAAGAAGAUCCUCGACGACCAUGUCGAUAUGAAAAUUAACUUCAGAUUACCAGAUAAUAGAACAGCUGCAGAGUUGAAUCUAGGUACACCCGAAUUACAGAAAAACGCAAUAACUUUCAAGCAAAGCGCUAGAACAUCAAAAAAUCUCGAUCUUACAAAUCUGUGUGAAGAGAUUAAGAAUAGCACGAAUCCGAAGCAUUUAACUGAAAUUUAUACGGAAAUGUAUAGGUACGCCAACAGCGAUAUGCCCGAAGGUCAAUGGAAGGAGCUGUCACUGUGUAACUUGCAAAGCUUUAAGACACAUCGAAUAGAUGAAUACCAAUCAAGUGUAGUAUUCACAAGCGGCAUUCUUUUAGCCACUUAUUGCAAUCGGGUUGUAGAGUUCUUUAAAGAGAAUUAUGAAAAAAUUACAGGCGAAUGUCUAAAGGGCAUCGAGGGUGUGAAAGACGGUUUGUCCAAGCAAGAUAAACUUGAGUUGAGCGAAAUAAUUGCGGGUUUAAACGAAAUGUACACAAAGGAAUUAGACGGUUAUGUGGACAUGGCAACAGAUAGGCUGGUCAAUCAAGUUGGUUUGUGUCGCAAGAUUUCGGAUGGGUCAGAACAGACAACGAACUGUGAUGUAAACAUACAUUUACAGAAUGUGUCGUGGAGUGCUUUAUUGAUUUUGAUAUGGCUGGUGUUGCCCUUAAUUCCCAUAGCACUUUACUUAGCCAGAUUAUAUGGAUAUGGCAUGUCCAGGAGUAGUCACUGUAGCUGUCAGGAAAGAGGAUCAAAGACAGCCGCAGCCGCACCCCGAGCGAAGGAUGGUAGAUGGAAUACUAAUACGCUAAUGGGCGAAAUGCAGCGGCAUUUGUAUAAAAGAUUUUGUGAAGAUUCAACAACACCGGGCGCUGCAAAUGGUCAAAGCUGUGCUUGCAAAACAGGGAGAACAGGUCAUAUGCAAGGGCCAAAACGUGGAAAAAGGUGCCUUGACGAUGGUAGCGCUAACUAUGCAAUGAAGCAACAAGCUAACGCUCUUUUACUUAAAGGAAAAGCGCAUACAAGUAAGGCACUGGGGAAAGCCAAUGCUCGAAAGCCGAGGAAAGCUAAAGAAAUUAAAGAACAGCCGGCUCCAACCACAUCAAAAGGAUUAGCAAAAGUGGCACAAAUCGAAAGAAAGAAAUGUGAUUGUUGCACAAAUGGCCCUUCCAGUUCAAAGGCAAAGUCGGCACACCGCCGACCAAGAAAAGAAAUAAAAAAUGUUGGUGAAACCCUGGAGGAAAUUGUUGAAGAGCGGUCCGUGAGCGGAAAGAACGGAUUGGACAUUAACGCUUCUAUUCAUAUAAUAAGCUUUAAUCAAAAAUAAUUUAACCAAAAUACUUUGAUUAAUAUUUAUAAAUUUAAGAUAACGGUAUUUGUUGAUAAAACCACUGUCAUCUUUUGUAAAUAAUAAACUGUCAAAUAUUCAAAGGUGG